GGCCUCAACUUCCUCCUGCUUACCCUCGGCCAAGCUGCCUGGUAUUUGGUCUUUGCCCUGUUGGUGGUGGUGCCGGCCCUGGUGGGCUACCUGCAGGAGACAUGUCGGGCCCGGCCCUCUGAGCCGGAGCUGGUGCGCAGGAGGUACCACAGCGUCCGCCGGGAGGACCUGCGCGAGGUGCAGCUCUCACGGCAGGAGGCCAUCGCCCCGGUCAAGACCCUCCUGAUCCAGCUGGAGGGGUUCCUGAGCGGGAUGUGCUGCAACUGUGAGGCAGUGUACCGUGUCCUGUACUGGGAGAACCCCGCUGUCUCUUCCCAGUUUUAUGGGGCACUGCUGGGCUCUGUCUGCAUCCUUUACCUGCUGCCCCUCUGCUGGGUCUUGGCCAUCCUCAACAGCACCCUCUUCUUGGGUAACACCCAGUUCUACCAAGUGAUAAUGGAGCUCAAGGCCUCGAUCGAGCAGUGUGUGAGUACCAAACCCCUUGAGAGUGCUCCAGAGCCUGCCACACCCUUGCCAGCUGCUGCCCCCCUGGAUCGGACCCCCACACCCACCAGCACAGAGGACCUUACCCCUGGCAGCGUGGAGGAGGCGGAGGAGGCAGAGCCUGAUGAAGAAUUUAAAGAUGCCAUUGAGGAGGAUGACGAGAGCUCUCAGUGCUCAGCGGAUUUUGACCUCAGCCUCCCAGACAAUGGUUUUAUGAGCAAAAAUGAGGUCAUCCGCAGCAAGGUGUCACGCCUGACCGAGCGCCUGCGCAAGCGCUACCCCAGCAACAAUUUUGGGAGCUGCACAGGCUGCACAGCCACUUUCUCUGUGCUCAAGAAGAGGCGGAGCUGCAGUAACUGCGGGAACAGCUUCUGCUCCAGAUGUUGCUCCUUCAAAGUCCCCAAAGCGGUGAUGGGAGCCACGGCCCCAGAGGCUCAGAAGGAGACAGUAUUCGUGUGUGCUCUGUGCAACCAGGUGCUCAUCAAGUGA